AUUACCCGUUCGGGUUCGGAUAUCCAGUCUCUCCUAAUUUAAUACCCGUUCGGAUAUUUUGCUACUUCGGCUCGGAUUUCAGUUCGGGUUUUUCGGAUCGGGUUCGGGUGCCACUUCGGAUUUCGGGUAAAAUGCCCACCCCUAAUAAUAUGUAUACAAAACGGGUUACGUCCAAUUGAUUAUCAGUGAUUGAACACGUUAGACACGAAAUACAAUUUGUUUAAUCUGCUUACUAAAUGAUUGCAUAGUAAGUUACAGUUGUAAAAUUUUUGUGUAGGCUGUCCUCGUCAACCAGAAAAACCAUUACUCCUACCGGAGCAACCGCUCCUAUACGCCGGAGAUCUAUUGUGGCUUAUCGGUACUCCAACGGCUCAAAAAAGACGAUUCAAGUUCUGGCAGAGAACUCUAGAACGAGUAAAAAGUCUCAGGUGGAUCUUGGUAAACUCCUUCAAAGACGAAUAUGAACGUGAAUUCAUUAACAAAGACAAUAACAAUCAAAACCCUAAAAUUCUUUACGUUGGUCCAUCACAUAACCAAGCAGCAACAAGUGAUAAAACUUUGACCAAGAACCCUAGUUUCUGGGAAGAAGACAGAUCUUGUCUUGGUUGGCUACAAGAACAGAAACCAAACUCAGUUAUUUACAUCUCAUUUGGAAGCUGGGUUUCUCCAAUAGGAGAAUCAAAGAUUAGAAAGUUGGCAUUAGCGUUGGAAGCGUCAGGAAGACCUUUCAUUUGGGCAUUAAACCGGGUUUGGCAGGAGGGACUGCCACCAGGGUUCGUCCAUAGAGUCAAGAACCAAGGAAGGAUCGUGCCAUCCCCGCAGAUUGAAGUUCUUAAAAACGACUCAGUUGGUUGUUACCUGACUCAUUGUGGCUGGAACUCAACCAUGGAGGCGGUGGCAAGUUGUCGGAGGCUAGUGUGUUAUCCCGUAGCCGGUGACCAGUUUGUGAACUCUAGAUACAUUGUGGAUGUGUGGAAGAUCGGGGUGAGAAUAAGCGGUUUUGGAGAGAAAGAGGUUGAGGAUGGGAUGAGGAAAGUAAUGGAGGAUGAAGAGAUGGGUGAGAGAUUGAAGAAGUUGAGAGAUAAAGCAAUGGGGAAUGAAGCUCGUUUGUGUUUGGAUAAUAGUUUUACCAUUUUCAAGGAUGAUAUUUGUGGAUACAAUAUUUGAUUAUGGUUUUGAUUGAAUCAUUGCAUUUUUUUCACUUAAUUUUAAAAUAAGCAAGUCAAAAAUCUUAUAACAUAAAGAAGAAG